AUGCCGGCCACAGAUUCACCUGCAGUCAUUGUAGCCCGGUUUCUGAAAGCAAACCACUAUAACGAGGCUCUUGAGGCUUUCCUGGCGGAGGCUGGUCUCCCCGAAGAUGCAGGUAUCACUAAUCCAGGAGACUGGACGAUAGAGAAGAUCCUCGAAGAGAAGAAACAAUACGACUCAAGCCUUGCAUUCGAGAAGAAAGGAGAUGAUCAAAUCACAGGUUGGCCAUUGCCCGCGCCUUCCAAAGCGGUCGAGCCCGAUUUAACGGUGACGUCCAACGUCCUCUGUGUGAGCGGGCACGGCACGGCGGAGGAUGGAAAUCAAGCCAUCUUCGUCACCGGUGCUGAUAGAUCGUGGGUUCGCAUUUCGUCGUCGGCGCCCUUUGCACGUCUGGGAUCAAUCAACAACGUCCAUGGAAGUCCCGUUUUGUCGAUCAGUUCUCUGGACAAUGGCUACAUCUUCUCGGCUUCCAUGUCAGGACAACUCACGCUUCAUGAUUCCCAGGGCCGACUAUUGGACAAAUGCCGCCACCACCUCAAGUAUGCGGUCCAGGUGGUCUCAGGGUAUACUCGACAGGGCAAAUGGGUCAUAGCCACCGCCGGUUGGGACCAGAAAGUCCAUAUCUAUGUUCCCGAACAGGAAUUGGCUGAGAACUUUGAACCGACUGGCCCGGUCAAUGACGAACCGUACAUUCAAGGACUCCUCCGUGAUCCAAUCCAUACGAUUACUCUACCGACAAAUCCGGAGUCCAUGGUUCUUGUCCGCCAUCCUGAUACCAAAGAGCUGUAUCUUAUCGUCUCCAGACGAGACUCGACGUUUUUGUACUACUAUGGCAUCACCUCUAUAGCCGAGGAAUCUUCCUCCGCCCGAAGCAGGGAGAUCGCAUACUCGGUCCAAGAAACCGGUCGCCAGAAUCUAGCGCCUCAUUCUAAUGCCUGGGUCGCAUUUACCCCGUCUUUUCUAGCUGUGUGCCCUACAGACUCGACACUCCUCGCCGUCGCAACUUCUCACCUGCCCCACAUGAAACUGCUCAUCGUCCGCCUUCUUUUCCCCACCGAGUCAUACAAUCCCCAUGCCCCCGCCAUUGCCAACGAUGCACAACCACAGACUCAGGCCUCACAAGCCCGUGCUGCUCUGGCACUUCAAGAUCGCGAAGACAAAGCUAUCAAGUUGCAUGUCUCGACCAUGGCCCCUCAAACGCCUUACUCAACUCCACACGUGGUCUGGCGCCCGGGAGGGAAUGGGGUCUUCGUCAACGCCGACGACGGAGUGAUCCGAGGCGUGGAUACGCAGAGUGGCAAGGUCGUGGCUAUGCUCAAGGCGCAUGAAGUCGGGAGUAAAGUGAGGACGUUGUAUGCUGGCCGGGAGGCGGGUGGAGAGGAGAUUCUGGUCAGUGGUGGGUUUGAUAAGAAGGUGUUUAUAUGGAGGGUUGAGUGA